CCGGGACGCUGCGUAAACACAACAUCAGCUGUUGUGGCCAAGAUGGCGCAUAGCCUGGCAGAGUUGGAAGUUCCCCUGGACGAUGACCAAGCCGGGGACCAGGAGAAGGGUGGUUUGAGGCGUUGCAGAGGACGACCCAGGCUCACAGACUCCGACCGAGCACAGAGGCGACUUGAAUCCCGAAAGAAGUACGAUGUGAGGAGAGUGUACCUGGGAGAGUCGCACAAGCUGUGGAGUGAGCUCCGCAGGCGGACCAGCCUGAGUGAUGCUGGGCUGGCAGAGUAUCUGAUCCUGCUCAACUCCACAUAUGGAGAGAAAUACCAGCAGGAAUACUGCGGGAAGAAGAUUGCUCCAGAAAUCUCAGUAAAACAGAAAAAAGGCAGGAAGGAGUGUGUCUCCAGCCUCCAGAGCCUGGUGUGUUGGUACCAGGAGCACUCGCGCUCCUGCCCUCAUGAGCCGCAGCUCAGAGCCCUGGAGCCCCAGCCCAACUUCUCCACCACUGCUCUCUGGCAAUGUGACUCUAACCACUCAUUUGUGCAAUACCUUUUCUCACCACCGAGGGAGGCAAGUGACUCUGAACAUGAGGAGGGAGUGAACGGAGAGGACGAUGAGCAAAGUGCAGCAACAACAGACGUGGUUAAAGACGUAGUGAGCAGGAAGAGAAGAACAGAGUUUAAAGAUGUGGGAGAAAGUGUGGAUGUGUCUCAGCCUGUGAGCCCGAUUGAACAGGCUGCAACUCCAGACCAGCAGCCCAGUGAAGAAGCCUCCUCCAAGGAUGUUCCACUGACAGGGCAGAAUGUCUGGGAGAUGGAGAUGGUCAUGGAGCGACAGCAAGGCUCCCCUGCAGCGUUUCACUCCAUCCCCUCGGAGGAGGAGGAAGAGGAGGAAGAGGAGGAAGGGGAGGAGGAGUCUGAGGAUCUGAGGCGAGACGGAGAGGAAGAAGAGAUCAGGACUGUGCCGCAUGGAUACGAGUGCGUUACAGUGACGCCAUCCUUAGCUGAUAAACUUGAGAAGCUGGACAAGGACUCGGUGCUGUCGCAGAGCUUGAAUGGCUCAGUCGGACCGGAGCUGUCGGUCCCACCGCCCAUGCAGGAAGAGCAGAGCGAGCUGUUUGACCCUCAGACUCUGCAGACAGUGGUGACCAGCUGUGAGAUUCCUGACCAGAGGACGGCUUUGGAAGGCUCACAGUUAAUUAUCAUCACAGGCCCCAGCUAUGAGGCCCUGGCAUCAGAGGGCAUCCACCUCAACAUGGGCGGCGGAAACGUGGAGGAGGUCACCUGCACUGUCAUCGGGGGUGUCACCUACAACCAGGUGUGCACGUCUGACUCAAAACUCACAACAGCAGAGGAUGAGGACUCCAUGACAGGUUUGAGUGACAAACAGCUGCUGCAGCCCACUGUCGACACUUUGGAGCUGAGUAGUGACAGAGAGCUGCAGCGCGGUCUGAGCAGCGUCAGGUCAAAGAGAAACAGGCGGGGCCCAGUCAUCGAGGCAGACGGGAUGCUCAAGAUGUUCCACUGUCCAUACGAGGGCUGCAGUCAAGUCUAUGUAGCUAUUAGCAGCUUUCAGAAUCACGUCAACCUUGUUCACAGGAAAGGGAGAACCAAGGUUUGCCCCCAUCCAGGCUGCGGAAAAAAGUUCUACCUGUCGAACCACCUGCAUCGCCAUAUGAUCAUCCACUCAGGGGUCAGAGAUUUCAUCUGUGAGACGUGCGGAAAGUCGUUUAAGCGGAAGAAUCAUCUCGAGGUUCACAGGCGGACCCACACAGGAGAAACCCCUCUCCAAUGUGAAGUUUGUGGCUACCAGUGUCGCCAGCGUGCGUCCCUGAACUGGCACAUGAAGAAGCACACUCCAGAGGCCCACUACAACUUCACCUGCGAGUUCUGUGAGAAGAGGUUCGAGAAGCUUGACAGUGUUAAAUUCCACAAGCUAAAGAGCCACCCGGACAAGCAGGCAUCCUGAGGUGUUGGGACACCUGGACAUAUGAGCUAAACACGUGCAGGUCGGCCCUCAGAAACCAAAAGGAAGACUUCUAGUGAAGAGAGUUUCCUUUGCUGUGUUGGUCUGGCCUCUCAUGUCCAAGAUGAUAUGAAUACAACUGUGAACACGCAAUCAGUGGAUGAAGUCUGACAGCUGUGUAGGACACAAGCUGUUUCAGAGUUCAGGCCGCCAAACAUGGGUUUUGAACAUAUUUGGUAUAGUGAGAAAAAAAAGAAAGCUUAAUCAAAUCAAUUGACCAUUUGCUAAACCUCUGCCUCAAACAGAUCAUAGCUUAACGACCAUGACUAGGCACAGCAGCUCGGUCAGAUUUGGAUUUCUCUACAUGUUGAAGCGGUGUGCAUGGCUGUAGUAAGAGAGAUACUCCGUAUAUAAUGAUUUUGGCUGGUGGGUUUCUUUUCUGUUUUUAUAAACCUUAACAAAACCAAAAUCAAGAGUAAAACUUUAAGGAAUGGAUUAAACAGUGUGUUUAUCGCCUCGAACAUAAGAUUCAAACAUUAGCAUGGUCAGCUAGCUAGCUUACUAUCUGCUAUAGUAAUCCAUUGUUACUUCCAAUGGCAGCUGUUUUUCAUACUACAUUAUGGUGUUACAGGUUACCAGUGCACAACUAGCACAUCCACUGUGUAGUAUUUCCCCACUGUGGGAGCCGGUCCAGGAUGCGACUAGAGUUAGGCUAACGUUAGCGGCUCUGUUCUUUUUUGGAAGCUAAACUUGUUAUCCGAGACAUUGUUACGCUCACCAAACACAUUGUCUAGAUCUCAUUCUAAUAGCCUUUUCUGUCAUAAUGUUCAAAAUAAAACUGGAAAAUAUUUAUAUGACUAAAACUUAAAUCCAACCAUUGUCUUGCUUAUCAGAGUGUGUAAGCUUAGCAACUAACGUUAAGCAGUUACGUUGUAUCAUACUUAAAAUACUAGGACUAAUACAUUCUUUACUGCAAUACAAGAGCAAUGCUGUUUCUUUAUUUCCAUGUCUUCUGCAUGGAUCAUCAACUGGUGAUGUUGCUUACCUUUUGCCUGAGACGUGUAGCUUUAGCCUUCAGAUUUACGGGACCCUUUAACUGGUUUCUAGUUUCAAAACGAGUCAGUUUGAAACAUUACAAAGUUGACCAGGGACAGCGUUUUCAACCAACUCGUGUAGCCUCAUUAGCAGCUGAUAAAAUCUUUCAGGGACAGCAAUCAUUUUAGCCGGCUAAAUUGUUGAUGGCUACAAAUGAGAAGUCUCCUUUCUCUACAUCUGUCUGAAAUCAACAACUCAUUGUCUCAAAAACAUUACCAAGAACUUUGAGUGGGGAUUUAUAGCAAAUGGUCAAUUAAAAGUUUGAUAGAAAAUAUUUUCCAUUUAAAGAAAACUUUUUCUAGGCCUUGGAAAAUGUUCUGCAGUGAUGAUUAAUACACCACUAAGAAGGGUUAUUGAUGACAUACCAGUGUGGUGGUGUGUGCUACAUACGUGUGUUAAAUAUACUUGAAAUUAAGCCUCUGAAAUUGACAUCAUUGAUGUUUGAGCACUAAGCUUCUCAUACUGACACAAAAGUAGGUUAUUCCAUUUCUGUCAUUCAAUAAUUGAGCAUUGUGCGUGGCAGGGGCGCAGUCUUUAUUUACAUUUUCCUAUUGCCUGUUUUCACCGUCCCAGUGUCCUGACUCACAGACUCCCUGUGAGUUUAAUGUGACAGUUUCUCAGGAAGAUUCACCUCAGUCCUCGUGUUCUGUCUGUAGUUUCUAAGCAAAUGCACUUUUGUUAACUGAUAAAUCACUAAAAUAUGAGAA